GUUUUCCAGGAUAUGCAUGUACAAUUUUGUUUAUCUCCAGUGCGUAUUUCCAGGCGUGUGAAGCAGUCAUCCUGUCCUGCGUGAGGGAUGGAUGCUACUCAGUUAAUCAGUGACUCAAUCUUGGAGACAGAUGAAGAAAAUGAAGAGGAGGAGGAAAAUAAGAGGGAGCGACCAUUAGCUAAACUGUGCAUCUUAAAAAAUGCACACAUCCCUGAGGCAGAUUUGCCCCUGUUUUUGGGAGCCAAUGUGCUGGGCCGUGACCCCAACACCUGCACCCUGCCCUUGUUAGCACCUUCAGUAUCCAAGCAGCAUGCCACCAUCUGCAUCUCUGUCUACCAUAGAAGAGGUUGUCACAGUGAAGUGGAUAUAGAGGCUUUGGUUUGGGACCUUGGAAGCAUGAAUGGAACCCGCAAAGGCCGCUUAAAGCUGACUCCUAACGUGCGCUACGCCCUCAGUGAUGGUGACAGUUUGGUGGUGGCGGACAUCCCAUGUCAGUAUGUCAGCUGUGCUGUAGACUCUUCGCAACUGGGCCCGAGGACUCCUGUGAGCAGAAAUUCAGGAGUAAAAUCCAGGUUGCCAGAUGCCUUGGGUGGGAAGGGAGGUGACAAAAGUACAGACAGCAGGAAAUGUGUCAACAGCGGCACAAAAGCUGGGGUGUCAUCACUGAAGACUCCUGUCAGAGCCAGUUGCCUGUCCUUUGAAAAAACUCCAACCCAGCCACAGGGCACCCUAGUCCCAGAAUCUGAUUCAGACUCAGAUGGAGAAAGAGGGGGAGGAGGAGACAGAAGGCGCAAUGCUCUAGUGUCUGAUUCUGAGUCUCAUAAAUCUAGUCCCACUUUCUCCACAUUCUUGAGUCCCACAAACAAAAUCGUCCCUGAAAGUGAGGAUGAAAGUCCCAUCACACCAUCCUCCUCCACUAAAAAUAGACCUCACAGACAUGUCAGCUUUAGCAAGGAGGAGACAGAAGUAGAUGUGGGGGGACAGCUGCUGGAAGAAAAAAAGGCACUUGCAAUUGUGCAUGACAGUGAAGAGGAGGGAGGAAGGGAGGAAGAAAGAGCAGCACCAGAAGGAAAGUCUGAGAAAAGUGGACCACACCUGCCAGUGAAACAGGAAAGCAGUGCAAGUCUCAUGGGGGAAGAUGAAUUGCCUGUGUCUACAGCAGCAGUCUCCACAGAUUCCAUCCCUGCAUUUAACAUGGACAGUGACACUGAUAUGGAGGGAGAGGAGGAAGGGGUGGCAUCUGUGGGUUCUGUAACCUUGAACACAAAUCAAGUCAAUCAGCCACCAAACACAGUCCAGUUUCACAUGGACAGUGAUACAGAUGUUGACGAGGAUGAAGAUAUCAUAGACAAAGCUCCUAAAACUGUGCCCUCCUCUGAUGACAAAACCAAACCUCCUCAUGUUAAUUCAUUUAUUCAGCCUGAGGGAGUCACUGUGGACAGUGACACUGAUGUGGAUGACGAUGCUGCUGUGUCAGAUGCUGCCACAGAAGCAAAACCCAUGUCAUUUCAGAGAGCACACACAGCUGACACUGCUUCUUUAAUGCAGCCGAAAGAUAUUAACUUAGACAGUGACACAGAUGUUGAUGAGGAAGAAGACAGGGAAAAUGGAACGAAUAAACCAACCUCUAAGAUGGAAGAAACUCCCACUAGAUUAGAUAUAAAGCCAACAGGGCCUGAAUCUUCCCCCGCUGCUCCUCAUAGCCUACAUCUAGACAGUGACACAGAUGAAGAGGCAAUCCCUGUCCUUGCCCUCAGUGAACCCGUGGUGGUGUCUGCUGCAACAGAAUCAUGCACCACUGCAGAUGGAGGCGCUGAUAUUCUGUCUGACAGUGACACAGAUGUGGAUGACAAUUCACCUCUAGUUAUACCUGUUGUAAUCACAACCUUGUCAGUCACUCCCGGGACCACAUCAGAAGCCUUUGAGUCAGAUUCUAAUGCAAACACAGAUGUGGUUGGAUCCAGCACGCCCCCUGCUGGGGAUACGGCCAAUCCACAGGACCUUAGAGUGGACAGUGAUACAGAUGUGGAGGACCAGGAGGCAGACGGGGGCCAGAUCCCCAGCCUAUGCAGAGAGAAAACACCUGGGUUGCUGGUUCCUCUUCUGCAGAAUUGCUCUACCCCUGUACGCUUAUCAGUCUGUGAUGAAACUCAGGCUUUCCUGAGUCCCUCUUCAGUUCCAUUUAGAGGUGCAGUAGCCCCUGUUGUAGGACCUGUAGGAUUGUCCUCCUGCUCGGACAGCCAGGAAGAUGAAGACUUUCUUGUGGCCGAGACGCAGUCCUUCAUUCUUCAGACCCGAGAUUGCCAGAGCAACCCUCCAGAAGACCAUACCAUGGACCCCACCCAAGCUUUUGGCCUUGAACCUUCUUAUGAAAAUGAUGAACAAUCCAGCAGAGAAGGGUCUUUUCAGCUGGGGUUGUCUGACAGCAGCCACCUGCAGUGUCAGGCCCAAGCUUUGGCCAUGGAGAGCACCCAGGCUUUUGUCUCUGUGGAUCGGAAUGUGAAUAUGGAAGACACCCAAGCAUAUGCAGCCAUCUCCACUGCAGACAGAACCUCUGCAGAGAAUGAUCUAAAUCUGGAGGCCACACAGCCCUAUGGAAAGAAUGAGGAGCCUGCCAGAUGUUCAGUAAUGUCUGACAAAGAAGGUCAGGUUGAUUUGGCUCUAGAAGCAACACAGGUAUAUACCUCAGAAUGCCACAGUGAUUCAGAGAGUGAAACAGAUGACGAUGAGAGAAAAAACAUAACUGCUACCGCUGAGACUCAGCCUUUCGGAUUUCCCACCUCCUGUACACCUCCUGUACCUCAUGAGGAGGCGGCUCAACCUCAGCAGAGACCCCGUGGUGAACUUUUAUGUACAGCAGAAACUCAGCCGAUGAGUGCAUGUGACGAUGAGGGUAGUGAUGAUGAAGACUCAAUUCAAAGUCCAGGAACAAGAACAGCAAAGCCACUGCAGCUGGAAGAGCAGACACAGCCCCUCAUUAGUUCUGAUUUAUCAAUUGUUGAAACCCAGCCCAUGCACAUUGGUUUUGCUGAAACUCAGCCCAUGGCUACAAGUGAAAAUGAGGACACUGAUGAUGGGGACUCAAUUCCAAUUUUUCGAGGAAGAAGAGCAAAGCCACUGCAGCUUGAAGAGGAGGCACAGCCCCUCUCUAGUUCUGAAGUCUCUGUUACCGAAACCCAGCCCAUGCACAUUGGUGUUGCUGAGACUCAGCCCAUGGGUGCAUGUGAAGGUGAGCAAAGUGACGAAGAGGACUCAAUUCUAGUGCCACGAAAAAGAAAAGCAAAGGCGCUGCAACUUGAAGAAGAGCAGACACAACCGCUCACAAUUUCUGAGGUCUCUACUGUUGAAACCCAGCCCUUGGAAACACAAACUAGUGUACAACCUGAGAGACGAAGGGGGAGACAAUCUGAAGUUGGAACCAGUGGAGUCAAUGUUAGAAAUAAAAGGGGGACAAUGGCAGGAUUAAGAGAGGAGGAGGAGCAGGCAGUGUGUUCUGAACCUCCAAAGAGACGGACAAGAGGGAAGAAUAAAGCUUUGACAACUACUAGAGGAAGGAGAGGAAAAUCCAACCCUGAUGAGGACGAGAGUGAGGAAGAGGAGGAGGGAGAGCAGGCUAGGAGGGCUCGAGGGAAAAAAUCCAUGAGGCAGCAGAAACAUUAUGAGGAAGAGGGAGAACAGUGUGAAACGGAAGGAAGUGAACGUGCUAAAAAUAGCAGCCCAAUAAAGGAGAAACAAGAAGAGGGAUCGGGAGAAGAGGGAGAUGUUGCAAACCUCACACAUCACAAGAGUGAAAAAAUGGAAAGAAAGGAAAAGGAAGAACAAGAUAGAUUGCUGGCUGAAAAUACAGCAAGGAUAAGACUUGAACAGGAGAGAGCAGAGAAAGAGAGAAAGGAACAAGAAGAAAAGGAAAGCUAUGAUCGGUUACAGAAAGAAAAAGACAAAAAACUGGAGAAGGAAAGAAAGGAGCGUGAAGAAAUGGAGAGAUUGGAACAUGAAAAGGCAGAAAGAGAAGAGAAGGAGAAAUUGGACAGAGAGGAGAAAGAGAGAAUAGAAAAGGAAAGAAAGGAACAGGAAGAAAAGGAAAGACUGGAGAAAGUAAAGAAGGAACUAGAAGAGAGACUUGAGAGGGAGAGGAAGGAACAAGAACGCCAAGCAACACUGGAGAGGGAAGCAAAAGAAAAGGAAGAAAGAGAGAGACUGGAGAGGGAAGCAAAAGAAAGGAAAGAAAGAGAAAGGCUAGAGAAAGUAAAGAAGGAACUAGAAGAGAGACUUGAGAGGGAGAGGAAGGAACAAGAACACCAAGCAAGACUGGAGAGGGAAGCAAAAGAAAAGGAAGAAAGAGAAAGAAUGGAGAGGGAAGCAAAAGAAAAGGAAGAAAGAGAAAGAAUGGAGAGGGAAGCAAAAGAAAAGGAAGAAAGAGAAAGGCUGGAGAAAGAAAAAGAGACUAAAGAAAAACAAUUAAAAGAGCAACAAGGAAACAUGGACGAAGUAAACAGGAGAGUGCCCACAAGAGGCCGGAGAGCAGCUACAAGAACAAUGGCUGCCCCUACAACAGAGCCAGAACAAGACUCAACCAUAUUAACCAAUGAUGAUGUCCCAGCAAGGAGAACCAGAUCUCGCUCCAACUCUUCCAACUCGGUCAGCUCCGAGAGAUCUGCUGCGAGUGUAAACACCCAGGAGGGCAGGGGGAGAGGUCGAGGCAGAGGGAAAAAAAGGACCAGUGAACCACCCCAGGUAACCAUCGCCAGAGGUAGCAGUAGGAGGAGGACAGUGGCUGCAGGGACAACAGAGCAGGGCAAUAAUGAUGCUUUUCCUCAGGGAGUCCUUUCAAGGUCUAACUCCACCAAUUCUCUCAACUCUGAUAUUUCUAGCUACUGUGUGACCUCUCAAAACAGAGGGAGAGGAAGCAGGCAGCGAGAAAGACAGAGGAAAACAGAGCCUGAGCCCGAGCCCGACUCCAUCCCUCCUGUCAAUAGUCAGAGUGAUCAGAAUUCAGCUCCCAAACCUGCAGCCAGAGGCAGGAAGAGCAGGAAAACUGAGGGAUCCUCUAAUGUGGCUCCUCAGGAAGAUGAUCAAGAGAAGGCAGACUCUCAGCAGGCCAGUACCACAAGGGGGCAGCGCCGAGCCAAUGCAAAUGUCUCUGAUUCCACUGCUGCAGAUGAGGAAGAUCAGCCAAAUCAGAGGGAAGGUGUUGGCAGUGAGGAAUCACCUCUGCCUAAAAGGAAUGCCAGGGGCAGAGGCCAAAAAGCAGUAAAGAGUGAAACUGCAGAGGCACCAGUUGCUCCUGCAGUCAGUAAUGUGGGAGAGACUAAAGACAAAAGAAAAGGAAGGAAAAGAGAGUUGCAGGAAAAUACAGAGGGGGAUUCUGGCAGUAGCUCCAAAAUCUCAAAAGGGAAGGAGAAAUACCAGACAACAGAGGCAACAGAAGAAGAAGGGAAAGAUGAAUCAAAAGAAGAAAACCCUGUCCAAGCCAAGAGGAGAGGAAGAGCAUCCACUGCUCAAGCCAAGAAGAAUGCAAAAGAAUCUCCUCUUGGAGUGGAGGUGAAAGAAGAGAGUGAGGAAAUGGAGAAGGAUAUUGUUGAGAAGAGAGGCAGAGGUCGACCAUCUGCAGCCCAGAAAAAAAAGAAAGAGGAGCAUGAAGAAAGUGGAACAUCUGUCAGUUCCAUGACACGGGAUGCAAAAGUGGAGGCGCCAGAGCCCCAGACUCCAACCACCAGUGCAUCCCGGAAGCGACAGGCUCCUGCGAACUCCUCUCCUGUGGCAAAGACUCCUCGCUCCUCCACUGCUUCCCCUGCAGCUAGUGGUCGACAGCAAGCUGCGAGCCAGGCCUACAAGGUGCUGUUCACAGGCGUGGUGGAUGAAACCGGGGAGAGAGUGCUUGCUCGUUUACGAGGCAGCAUUGCUAAAGGUGUAGCAGACAUGAACUGCCUGGUGACUGAUAAAGUGCGCAGGACUGUCAAGUUCCUGUGUGCGGUGGCCAAAGGAAUCCCCAUUGUCACCACACACUGGCUGGAAAAGAGUGGCAAAGCUGGGAGCUUCCUGUCUCCUAAUGCUUAUGUUGUGAAGGAUCCAGAGCAAGAGAAGAAGUUCGGUUUCCGCCUGCAGGAGUCUCUUAGGAUUGCCAGCAGUCAGCCUCUCUUGCAGGGAUAUGAGAUCCAUGUUACGAAGUCAGUGAAACCAGAGCCAGUUCAAAUGAAAGACAUAAUCUCCUGCAGUGGAGCUACCUUUCUACCUAAGAUGCCCUCUUCUCCCAAGCCUCAGACUGUAGUGAUUUCCUGCGAGGAGGACUGGUCGCUGUGUGGCCCCGCUGUCGCUGCAUCUCUCCCAGUCGUCACUGCUGAGUUCAUUCUCACAGGAAUCCUUCAGCAGAAAGUUGACUUUCAAAGCCACACUCUCCCUGCCCCUGUAACUAAUCUACAGCUCACAGGAGGCAAAGGGAGGGGCAGGAAGAGGACAUAGCAUCAACAGGGUAUACUUUAAAUAUACACGCAGUGAUGAAGUUACAGGAAAUAUGCACUAGUGUGUACACAUUUAUAAUUUGUAGGAUCAAAUCAGAGACUGAUAGACUUACUAGUGAGUCAGCUGUUUGUUUGUAUAAAAGACUUGAAGAAUGUAUUUGCCAAAUGCAGCAAAAGUUGCAUAUUCAAUUAAAUGUAGAGACAUUUUGUACAUGUAUUGUCAGCAUUGAAGCAUGCGUUAGCGUCAAAUGUUCAAAGAAACUUAUUUUGUACGUACAACUUCCUGAUUUGCAAGAGACUAAUGUAAGAAACAAAAUUUAGGAAGCUUACCAAAGGGAGACAUGUCUCUAAUUUUUAUGUUUCAAAAAUCGACUCUUUUCUUACAGUCUUACCUUUUGCCUUGUACAUGUGGGAAAGAUGUAGUUUUUAGAAUUACGAAAGCUAAAGACGAUGUGGCUGCUACGCAGGGUGUUUAAAUAAUUACCCAUUAACUGUCCUUGUCACUCUCCCCUCUCCUCCUCCUGUGUGCUCCACCCCUCCCUUUACACAACAACAACCAGAGAAGGAAUUAACACUGCUAAACUGCUGCCUCUCUGUUUGUUAAGUGCUUAAACUCAAUCAGCCUUUUUGGCAGCUAACCAACCAUGAAGAGGGAGUUUUGUAAAUCAUGUUUGGUCGGUGGAACCUUGGAACCCACAGGGUCUGUUUAGAAAUCCAUCAUGUACGCUGGCCAGUAGAUGGAGAAAAAAGCUUGUUUCCUUUCCUGAUAAGAAGUGCUUAGUGCCUUUUUAUACCACGGUAAUCAUGAACCUACCAGUGUAUCUGUUGUUUCUCUGUCUCCAUUAACCACCACCACCUACUCCAUUAAGGCUUCAUCCAAUCCUAUUACGUUCAGGGAUGAGACACAAUACAGGCACCUGAAUGCUGAUGCUGCUACUACAUCAAUAUCUUAUGAUGUUUCUCCUUGCCUCCUUCUUAGCAUACAGCCUUGAAGGUAUGUUGUUAUUGUAUGGUUUAAAAAAAAAAAAAAAAAAAACAAGAUACAGAACUGACAUUUGAGUUUUCUUCAUGCUGCAUCAGUGGUGUUUUAAAGACAGACUCAUUAGCUUGUAAUUUGUAGAACUGUUAACUAGUUAAUAUCUUAACAUCAAGUUUGUAUUUGCACCAAAUCAUGAAAUCUGUCAAUGUCUGUCAAUGAAAACAUUAAAUAUUUUCUAUUACCUUUAA